AACCUCGACAUUGAAUUUGCGGCCGGGGAGGGAUUUACUGCAGGUGUGAUUGUCUGUAGAGUACUUCACUUCGUUCUGGACAUUCUUUAGCCUUCCGUUUGCCUUUUCGUUUUCUUGAUUGCUCCGGAGCCGCCAUCUGCGCAACAUUUCUUGCGAACAAAAGCGAGUCUCAGCCCGCCGCACUCAUCCAUCAUGGCACAAGCUCAACCCGUGUUGAGCAAUAAAGACAAUGCAUUAUUCAGACAGCUUGUCCGUCACUUCGAGAACAAGCAAUACAAAAAAGGUCUGAAAGCUGCCGAGCAGAUCCUCCGAAAGGCUCCCAAUCAUGCUGAUACGCAGGCCAUGAAGGCCCUGAUACUGGGGUCUCAAGGGCACAUCGAGGAAGCCUUUGCCCUCGCCAAGAUCGCCCUGAACAACAACAUGAAGUCCCAUGUCUGCUGGCACGUGUACGGUCUGUUGUACCGGCAAGAGAAGAACUUUGACGAGGCCAUCAAAGCAUACAAGUUCGCCCUGAGACUAGACCCAGACUCGGCACCGAUACAGAGAGACUUGGCCCAUCUUCAGAUACAGAUGCGGGAUUUUGAAGGGUAUAUUUCGAGUAGGAAAAAUAUGCUUCAACAGAAACCAGGUUUCAGGCAAAAUUGGACUGCUCUGGCAAUCGCACAUCAUCUCGCCGGAAACUACGAAGACGCCGAAAAUGUUCUCACCACGUACGAAGAAACGCUCAAGACAAAACCCAACCGGGCCGAUCUGGAGCAUUGGGAGGCGGUACUGUACAAGAAUUACAUCAUCGCGGAGUCCGGGGAGGUGGAAAAGGCGCUCGAUCACUUGGAAGCCGUUGGAAAGAAAAGUCCGGACGUACUAGGAGUGAUGGAGAUGCGAGCGGCUUACCUGGCACGUUUGGGGCGGAAGGGUGAAGCCGAGGCAGCCUAUGCCGCUUUACUGGACCGAAACCCAGACGACUCAAAUUACUAUGAUGGCUGGAUAGAAGUCAAAGGACUGAAAGAUGGCUCUGCUUCCGACAUCAAGAAGGCCUACGACGAAUUAGCGACGAAAUUCCCCAGAGCAGAUCUCCCUGUCCGAAGACCGUUGGAUGUCCUCUCUGGGGAAGAAUUCAAACAGGCCGCGGACUCGUACUUGCAGAGAAUGCUGCGGAGAGGUAUCCCGUCAACGUUUGCCAAUAUCAAGCAGCUGUAUACGAAUUCCUCCAAGCGAGACGUCAUACAAGAAUUGGUUGAAGGCUAUGCCGCAGGAAAGGCAGACUCACAGACGAACGGUGCAACGAACAGUGACAGUAAAGACCAGUCACGAUUCGAGUCUUCAGUACUAUACUUCCUCGCGCAGCAUUACAACUACAAGCUCAGCCGGAAUCUUGACAAGGCUUUGGAGUAUGCGGACAAAUGCAUCGAGUUGGACCCAAAAUCAGUCGAUUAUCAUUCCGUCAAAGCCAGGACUUACAAGCACAAAGGGGAUGUUGCCAAAGCGGCCGAUACCAUGGAUCAAGCACGAGCUCUGGACGAGAAGGAUCGAGCCAUCAACACCAAGUCGGCCAAGUACUUUUUACGGGCUGACCAAAAUGAAAAGGCACUGGAAAUCGCCAGCAAAUUCACACAGAACAGGACCGGCGGACCAUUAGGCGACCUCAUCGACAUGCAAGCCGUGUGGUACUUGACCGAAGACGGCCAAUCCUAUCUGCGGCAACGGAAACUCGGCCUGGCCCUCAAACGAUUCCACCAGGUGUUUGCGAUUUUUGAUGUCUGGCAAGAUGACCAGUUCGACUUCCACAAUUUCUCACUGAGAAAGGGCAUGAUUCGAGCGUACGUGGACAUGUUACGGUGGGAGGACCGACUGCGCGAGCACCCGUUUUAUUCGAACAUGGCCAUCAGCGCGGUCAAGGCAUAUCUUUUGUUGUCCGACAACCCCGACCUCGUGCACGGUCCCAUUAUGGACAUGAACGGUACCGGCAAGAGUGAAAUGAGCGCCGCGGACCGCAAGAAGGCACUCAAAAAGGCCAAGCGUGAGCAGGAGAAGAUGGAAAAGGCCGAGGCAGAAAAAAGGGCGGCCCUGAAGGCGUCCAAACCCUUACCGAAGAGUGAAGAUCCCGAUCCCAAAAAGGAGGACGUGGAUCCGUUUGGAAAGACUCUCGUCGAGACCAAGGAGCCACUGAAGGAUGCCAUGAAGUUUUUGGGGCCCUUGCUUGAAUACUCCCCACAACUCGUCGAGGCCCAGUGUGUGGGUUUCGAGGUGUACCUGCGGCGGGAAAAAUACCUCUUGGCCACGAAAUGUCUGUUGGCCAUCAACAAGCUCCGACCUGGCUUGGAUGUACUGUCCGAAUACAAGGCGCAGCUGAAGAAGGUCAUUUCGGAAAAGCAAGAAGGAUUGUCGGACAAGGUGGUCGACCUGAUCAAGUCUGAGGCUGGCGAGCUCUUGAAAUGAGCGUGGACGGCUGCAUACUCUCCGCGUAGAUAUCUUAGAUAUCUAACAUCGGAGUUUUUUUGCUCUUUUACUUUGGGUUGUGUCCGAAUGUGGCGUGACGAAACGAGACAUAUGUCAUCUUUAUCGAAAGACAGGAUGAUGUUUUUGUUUGUUCCAAUACCAUUUGUUAUGUCUUCUCAACAAAAAUUGACGGACAAUAAGUGGAUAUAAUUCAUGUAUGCCGUAUCUACCUAGAGGGAUAACAUUGACGGCCUACCAAAAAACAAGCAAACUAAAUUCAUGCAUCCAAGAUUCUCGG